CUGCAGCCGGGCUGGAGCCCCCUCACAACUCGUUCGGCUUUUAACGAUGUUGCAGCUGGAGCGUCGGGGCUCGGGAUGUAGCCCCCCGAGGCUCCUCUUGCUUGUUUCCACCUUUUUCGGCGCUGUUGGAGAUUGCCUUUUUGUGACCGAUUACUUCACCCGUACGCCUCGUAAGCUCAAUGCUUUCAACUCAUUCGCCAGUGUGGAGCUGUUCCACUUCAACGUGCCUGAAGACACAAUGAUGGCCGUCUGGAACCUCAUCACCUUCAAGGAGCAAGGGGGCACGUUUGGGGACAGCUGCCCGAACCGCAAUGUGACAGUAUAUUUCAGAUCGGGAGCUCCUCCGGUGAUCAACCCCCUUCACACCCGGUUCCCUCGGGAUACGGUCGUCCCGGGGUCCUUUGCCGUGACCCUGACCUGGACUCUUCCAAACCGAACAACCGGAGCGUUCAACGUGACCAGCCCUCUCCCUGGAGACUGGUUCUUAGCUGCACAUUUACCCAAGGAUGAGGGCAAGAUCUCAGUCAAGGGUCUUUCUGAGGAAUGCCAGUAUCUGUUCCAACCUCAGCUCAUUGUCCAGAAGCUGAUUGGGAUUUCGGUGCUUUAUCCCGGAUACUUCAUUGACCAGAUGAUCCCAGUCCAUAACAGAUCAGCACUUUACAAGGUUUUCAUUCCCAAUUAUAUAUCAAAGGUGAAGGUUCAGCUGGUAAACUGUAGCACCAAAAACAAAAGCAGCGACACCUGUCCCGUGGUGCUGAAGAUGAGAGCGCGGGCGCCGCCGGUGCACAACUCGAGUGCCCUUGACUGCAGGGAGUGGAACCCGUGUGAAUUAGUCACCCUCGUACCUGCCUGGGAGCAAUGGUACUACAUCCUCGUGGAGAGGUAUCUGAGUAACUCCGAUGUCUACUUUCGCAUCGGCGUGCAAGUCACAGAUUGCUCCAAACCCAGUUCAUCGAAGGAGAGAGCACAGUCCAGCUCGUCCAUGAACAUGCCUCAGUCUUUCGGAACAGCGAUAGGCUUCUCCUUGUCCGACACGCUGCUGAUGGCGUCGCUGCCGGCCCUUUCCCAGAACGCUAGUCACCUGCACACCUCGGAGGACAGCAUCAUUUACCUCGCCCCCACAGCAGACACGAACAAAUGCUGGCCUAUUCGCCCGACCCUGCGUAACGAGCUGGACACCUUCUCUGUGCACUUCUACGUCUUCUUUGGUCCAAACAUUUCCAUUCCACCAGACCGGGCUGCCGUGUUUGCCAUCAACCUGAUGCCUGUUUUAGACAGUGGAGGGGUCCUCAAUAUGGAACUCAAACUGAACCUGUCUACGCUGAAAGGAGCAAAUCUGACCGUGUUCGGCUGCCUUAAUCACGGAAUGCCUCUCUUCUUGAGGGAAAAUUCAUCGCUGAAAUGCGAAUCAGAAUCGUUUGCUGGGUUUUUUCUCUCCGUGAACGUGUCCUCUAAUAUUACCAGACUGCGAAUUCCCUACCCACAAACAGGAACCUGGUACCUCAGCCUGCGCUCUUUAUGUGCCACUGUACAUGGGUUUGAAGCGUGCACAAACGUAACCGCAGAGGUGUACAUGCGCGCGUACCUGACUCCAUGCAUCAACGACUGCGGGACGUAUGGACAAUGCAAGCUCCUACGGACCAACAACUACCUUUAUGCAGCGUGUGAAUGCAAAGCAGGCUGGAAUGGCUGGGGCUGCACCGACAACUCUGAAGCCUACUCUUACAGCUUCCAGCUCCUCUCCACCCUCCUGCUCUGUCUCAGCAACCUGAUGUUCGUCCCGCCCGUGGCCAUCGCCAUCCGGAGCCACUACCUGCUGGAGGCUUCAGUCUACAUUUUCACCAUGUUCUUUUCUACCUUUUACCAUGCGUGUGACCAACCUGGUAUCGUGGUCUUUUGCAUCAUGGAGUAUGACGUCCUGCAGUUUUGCGACUUUCUUGGGUCACUUAUGUCAGUGUGGGUCACAGUUAUCGCUAUGGCAAGGCUAAAAUCCAUCAUAAAACAGGUGCUGUAUCUGCUGGGGGCGAUGUCUUUGUCAAUGGCUCUGCAGCUGGACCGUCACGGUCUGUGGAACCUGCUGGGACCCAGCCUGUUUGCGCUGGGCAUAAUGGCUGUGGCAUGGACGGUGAGGACCAUCCGCCGCCGACGCUGCUACCCGCCCACCUGGAAGCGCUGGGUCUUCUUCCUGUUCCCCGGCACCAUGAUCGCCACAUCUGCUGUGGCUCUGUACGCCUUCGUAGAGACGGAGGAGAACUACUUCUACAUCCACAGCAUCUGGCACAUGCUGAUUGCAGGGAGCGUGGGCUUCCUUUUGCCGCCUCGCGCCAAGCCAGACGCCAAGGUGACCCCGCUGAAGCGCAAGCGGGGCUGCGGCUAUCAGCUGUGCGUGAACGAACACGAGGAACUGGGCCUGGUGGACCCGGGCAUCAUAACCAUCAACAGCAUCUGUACCAGCUGAUAGAAUCCACUUCCACAACUUUGUACCUUAGAGACACUUCAUUGCCUUCUUUUACUGCAGAAAUUCACACUUGGAAAAUAAGCCACAGAACUUUAAAAAAAAAGGAAGAAUGAAAACAAAAACAAACAAAAAAAAGGAACCGAUGUAAAUACGUAAAUCCUAACGUGUCACUGAAAUCCUGUUUUCUGUUGUAAUGGUCAUGGUAAUUAUGAUCAGUAUGUAAUUAUUUAUAGUUGAAGUUCCGAUGAAUUGUGGGCGUAUAGUGACACACUGUUGUUUGUGAAUAUGUAUUUAAAGUCAAAGCUGAAACACUGCUGCUAUCUGACGGUGACUGUAAAUCUGCUUCUGUUGGUUAUUUAUUGCUGGUCUUGUGAGCAGGCCAAGUAGUGUAGUGCGGGAGGGUGGUGGUGGUGGGGCGGGGCGGGGUUUCAGGUGGACGGCGGACACAAUGGACACUUACCAAGGGCACGGCUUUUCUGAAAUUCUUUUAGGAUAUAUCUUUUGCACUGAGACACAAAAAUGUUAGUCUGUAAAUUUUUAUAACAACGGUGGGCAUCACAAAUGUAAAACCUAGUUGUCAUGUGGAAUGUUAGACUGUCUUUUUGCAACUGCAAUGUAUCACUUUUACACGAAUGUUUUGAUUGCUCGCGGGGGGAAAAAGAAAAAAAUCCCAAAGUUCUUGAAAGAGAAGAGAAGAGGCAGGGAUAGUUUUUUUUAUGAGGUAAGUGGUACUUUUUAGUCAGUAUCUUACCUGCAAGUUGACGGCAUUCUUCGUGACCUCAGUCUGGAGAGUCAGUGAGAAAUGUUGUAAUGCACAUAAAGCUUCAGGGUACUGACACAGCAAGGAACCUGGACCAAGUUUCUAAUUAAUUCUUUGAACUUUUAUAUGAUCACUGGGGUGCCCUCAAUGACUAGAGAGCAUUAAACCUUCAGUCCAAGGUGGUCAUGGUAUUAAUUGGUAUAAGGGAAAAACGUCAGCAAAAAGUUACUUUAUCCAUAUGCUGCUGUACAUUUUACACCUUUCAUCCCGAAAUACAUGUAAAAUAUGUAACGGGUCAUUCCAGAAACAUAAUUUGUGUCAUGAGAGUUCACAUCAUGCACUUAAUUUCUUCACAUUUCAAUCAAGGUUUAAGAUUUGUCAAAAUAUGUGGCAAGAUAAGAAACUGCCGCAGCAACUUAACCCUUUUGCCCUCCUUUAAUUUAUUGGCCUCUUGAGGCUUGAGGGGCAGAACAGCUGAAUUUGAUGGAAUUCAGUAAAAAUGUGAAACAGUGCUACUAUAUUAUAUUAGCAGUGAGAUUAAAACUGAGGGUCUAUUGGGUUUUAUUAUAUAAUCUUUGAGCAUGAAGGUUUUCAUUGGGAGUGCCUGGCACCACAUGGAGAACUAAUGCUAUAAAACUAUUCUGUUGCUGCUUUUCCGUGUAUCCUGACAGUAAUUUAAUGUUUGCUAGUUGUUAGCCGAUUUAAGUUGUUUAAAGACACAAGUCAUUACAGCCUACACACAGAAUUGGCAAUUUUUACGCUAGAUGCUCUUCAUGACACAACCGGGAGUCAAAGCUGGGCCCCCUGUGUAAAAAGUUUAAACUCUAAACAAUAGUGUAUGAAAUAAGCAGAAGAAAUGUAGCUGUAUGAUGAUUUAAUAACGUGCAAAUUUUUGCCGAGGUGUUUAGAUGGUGCAAAAUACAUCGAGAGUAUAAAAUAUAUUAGCAUAUGCGAUAUUGGAUUUCAAAGAUUUUGCCAAAAAAAAGGAGUUCAUGCAAAACUUCAUGCCACAAGUUGUUACGCCCCAAAAAAUUAUGACUGAAUAAAAAAUGUGGAAAAAAUGUCUAAAAGGCAGUCAUGAGGGUAUAAAAGUGACCAAGUGUAUAAAUAAAGAUUUUCAAGAAACCAACUUUAAAAAAAAACUGAAGAUUAGAUUCAUUUUAAAUAGUAUAUUCACUGGAAAUCAGUUUUGGUUUGUUUAGCUCCCGUGUUGGCACUUUCUCCUGAUUCUCCAAACUCUCCUUUUUGCCCACUUAAGAUACUGACUACUUAUACCUACCCCUCAAAACACAUCUUCAAAAACAACAGACUAUCCCUUUAAGAGACCUCAAACUGAGACCUCACCUCCCCACUCUAUUCUGACAGGACCUUUGUGACACCACAUUCAUGAACAAUAAAUGUUUUCUUUCUUUGCCUCAGUA